AUGUUAGAAGAGAAAAAUUCCGAAAAGACUGAGGUCCACCCUAUCACGUCCGUGGCUGCUGGUGAUAUCAAAAACUAUAUUAGUAGCUACCAAACCAACGGUGGAGGUGACGAUGCUCAUGCUGCUAAACUCCUUGAAGAAGCUCAAGCAAAUUUGAAGUUGGCCACUGAAACUGGAUAUCAACCAGAAUUACGUCGUAACUUCUCCAUUUUCUCGUUAUUGGGUGUUGGUUUUGGUUUGACCAACUCUUGGUUCGGUAUAUCGGCCUCGUUGAUCACAGGGAUAUCAUCUGGUGGCCCCAUGAUGAUUGUGUAUGGUAUUAUAAUUGUUGCAUGUAUUUCCUUAGCAAUCGGUGCUUCCUUGUCAGAGUUGACCAGUGCUAUGCCGUCCGCUGGUGGACAGUACUACUGGACAAUGAAAUUGGCUCCUAAGAAAUACGCUCCAUUUUUGUCUUAUAUGUGUGGUGCUUUUGCCUGGGCAGGUUCUGUGUUCACCUCCGCUUCUGUCACUAUUUCUAUUGCCACUGCCCUUGUUGGUAUGUACGCAUUAGGCCAAAACGAUCCAAACUUUGAAGUUAAAACUUGGAUGGUUUUCGUUACCUAUGAAAUUGUAAACCUUUUAAUGGUAGUUUUCAAUAUCUGGGAAAAGCCCUUGCCAGCGAUUUCUCAGUGGGCUCUUUACAUGUCCUUGCUGUCCUUUGUUGUCAUUACUAUUGUCAUUUUGGCUAAGUCAUCUGGUGAUUUUGCAACUGCUAAGUUCGUCUUCGUAGAUUUCUCCAAUGGUACUGGUUGGUCACUGUCAGGGAUUGCCUUCAUUGUUGGAUUAAUUAAUCCAAAUUGGUCAUUUUCCUGCUUAGAUUGUGCUACCCAUAUGGCUGAAGAAAUCUUGGACCCAGAAAGAAAAAUUCCACUUUCCAUUAUGCUUACAGUCGUGAUUGGAUUUGUUACCUCAUUCUGUUACUCAAUUGCCAUGUUCUUCCUGAUAACUGAUCUUGAUGCUAUCUUAAAUUCUACUACUGGUGUGCCAAUUAUGGAUAUUUUUUACCAAUGUGUGAAUAGCAAAGCUGGUGCCAUCGUCUUAGAGGCAUUGAUCGUUUUAACAGCUAUUGGUUGCAAUAUUGCAUCACACACAUGGCAAGCAAGAUUAUGUUGGUCAUUUUCCAGAGAUAACGGCUUACCAGGAUCUCGUUAUUGGUCAAAGGUCAAUGAGCGUACCAAACAACCAGUGAAUGCUCAUCUCAUGUCUUGCGCAUGGUGUGCAGUUAUCGGAUGUAUUUACAUGGGAUCUACUACCGCUUACAAUGCUAUGGUUACAGGGUGUAUUGUCUUCUUAUUAUUGUCAUACAUAGUCCCAGUCCUCUGUCUUCUCUACAAGGGUAGAGACAACAUCCCUCAUGGUCCAUUCUGGUUAGGAAAGCUCGGAUUAUUCUGCAACAUUGUUUUAUGUUUCUGGACUACUUUCACCACUAUUUUCUAUUCUUUCCCCACAGUAAUGCCUGUCACAGGAGGUGAUAUGAAUUAUGUUUCUGUUGUCAUUGGUGUGUUUGGAUUAUAUUGCGUAAUUUACUGGUUUGCCAGAGGUAAACGUCACUUCAAGACUAUAGAUGACCAUCUCGCAGCAAUUCCUGAAUUGACACUGCAAUUGUCUAACCAAGUCGAUGAAUUAGAAGCUAUUGUUUCCAGACAAACAGUAAAAGCAUAG